GGUCUCAGUCCUGACGUUACAGCCAAAAUGAAGUGGAUUUUUGUCGUCCUGGGGGUCUUCGCCGGCGCGGUCUGGGGAGCACCUGUCGCGGAAGAGCCUCUGCUCCUGUUCGUGGAAGAUGACGCCCAACAGUCCCUGGCUAUCAUCAACGCCGACCAGCAGCAGCCGUUCGUGCCCAUCGAGAUCCCAGAGGACAAAAAUUUCCGUUAUCUGACGAGGGACUUCGAAGGAGAUACCUACCAGUUCGGCUACAACACGGGCAACACCUUCGACAAGAACGGGGUACCCGAAGCUAACAUGUUCCGGCACGAGAUGAGACGCCAAGACGGUACGGUUGUCGGACGGUAUGGCUAUGUGGAUCCAGAGGGAGUGGAGCGUGUCUUCAACUACGUGGUGGAUGAGGACGGAUACAGACUUCUGGAGGCCGGAGACUUCCUAGCGCUUGAUGUUGUGCAGGAGGUGCCCCAAGAUGAAGAGGAGUUGAACAAGGCACGAUUGGACUUGCCUCUUGAAGAACAGAGGACCCCCAUCGUCCUCCCUGUUAUCCCCGAGGGUGCUGCCGACCUCAGCAGUGACGCUGGCACCUACGGGUAUAUCACUGUUCUUUAAGAGAGAGAGAUAGAAGGAGGAGGAGGAGGAGGAGAGGAUAUCGUGUUAAGUGUUAAGAAAGAUGAAAGAAAAAGAAGAUAGAUAGUAGCUGUAAAGAUAGCGAGUUAUCAUUUUUAAUUCGCGGUUUUGAAUACGGGUAAAUUUCUUGUUCUUUUCUUUCUCUUCGUAAUGAGUUAACGCGAGCUAAGGAAAAAAAGGAAAACAAAACAAUGCUCAAGCAAAUAUAAAACAAAAAUAAAAAAGCCUUAGCUUGCGUUUCUUCAUUAUCUAUUUAUUUGAAUAUUUAUUUAUUUAUUUAUUGACGCCCACGUUUUUCCGGUGACGGGGAACCGGCGUCGAGAAUUGCACUGCUGACAAUCCCAUGUUGUUUAGGGCUGGUUGUUCACUGUUGUUCAUCGGUGAAUAAGAGACCCUGAUCUUUUUUUUUCUUUUGCUGACUUUUGUGACGUGACUUUUUGACUUGAUUUACUUUUGCGACUUUUUUUGUUUUUGUUUACAAAUGACUGUUGUUAUUUUCUUUAUGACGGCGUUUCAGCUUUUUUUCUUACAGACAAGUGACACUUUUGUUUUUAGUUAAACACGUACGACUUUUUACUUGACUUGUGACAUACAGUCAAACAGGCCUCAUAUACUUGCAAAAAAUAAGACAUUUUACUUGACUAAGACAUCAUACUUUGUUACUGACAAUCACAGACAUCAUCAUAAAAUAAUAAAUGGAAAAAAAAAAUAUAUAAAAUUUUGUUUUAGAAAAUGUGAAAAAUAUUCAAAACAGAAAAAUCGGCAAAUUAAACAAUAUACAGACAUGACGCAUAAACGCAUAAUCAAUUAUUACAGUAUUAUCGACUCAGACGUGAAAAAAAGGUUAUUAAAAAAAACACAAAAAUGACUUAGACAAUUUCUUCUCUGUAAACUGGUAUUUUUGACUUUGUUAUUGAAGCUUUAAGUAUGUGUGAAUGUUGUUAAUUGUUAUAUUUGUUACUAUUGUUACCAUAACAGUCCCCAACCACGUAAAAUUCUAAAAAAAAAAAAAUAAAGUUGUUA